AUGACGCCCGAAGUCCUUCGAUUAUGCCUGGAGAAUGUCGACUUUCGACUUCCGACACAAGUCACAGAUGACAAUAGCGUGACAGUAUUGAAAAGUUUGGUCUUCGAGCCCCUCCUCCGAUGGCAGCCUCACGGCUGUGUCAGGCCCGGGCUUUUCGACCGAUGGGAGCAUUCCCCCGAUGCCCGGGUCUGGCACUUCCACAUCCGAAACAACGCCUUUUUUCAUGAUAACGAGCCUUGCAGGGCUAAGGAUGUCGUCAACUACAUUCAAGGUCUCUUGGACUCGCGAGACUACUUCGGCAUGCAAUGGAGUUACAGCCGCUACUUCGCGCAAACCAAGUUCUCUGCCGAGGAUGAUCGAACAGUGAAGGUGGUAAAUGCGGAGCCGUUUGCGGAUAUUGAGGGUGUCCUCUGCGAGUUUUGGCCUUCUCGCAUUGACAAGCAUGGCAAGCCAAUACUUGGGACGGGCCCAUUCCGUGUCGUCGAGUUCGAACGGGAAGAGGGCACCGGUAGAGCCGUUCUGCAUCGGCUGAAUCCAACGCGACAUGGUUCACCUCAUACUAUCAUAGCGACGAUGGAGUCGAGUGCUGCCAAAAGACUUCGGCUUCUACGUGAGGGAGACGUCGAUGCUGCUCUGAACCUUGAGCGAGUCGACGAUCUAAACCUUCUGGAUUUCGAUUCUUCCCUCCGAUGGGGCAGAGUGACGAGCACUUUAUCAGCAAUCUACUAUCUCAACUGUACGGAGGGUGUUUUUGCUUCCCCAGACGCACGUCUAGCUGUGAACCUUGCGCUGGACAAUGAUGCUUUGGUAAAGGAAGUAUACUGUGGGUUCGCAAAGUCCUCCGCUACCAUCGUAAGCCCCUAUCAUCUUGGGUUUUCAGAGUCGAAAUUGCAACCGAUAUCCUACGACCCUGACAGAGCCAUAGACUUGCUCAAAGAUUUUGACAAAAGCACGCCUCUUGUCUUGAGGACCCCGAUUUACAUGCCAGAACACGCCCAAAAGAUUUCCAAAUUCGUGGCAUCAUCCUUGCAAUGCAUUGGCUUUGAGGUCGAAAUCAAGGUUGAAACCAAUCGGCCAGAAUACGCUCGCCAAAUUGGACUCAAAAAGGAGAUUGGAAGCCUCGCACUGUUUGAUUCUACACCCAACAGCACAUUUCGAGUCUUGGACGACAAAAUCUCCAGUUCAUCACACGCAACGUGGUGGCUUGGUUAUCACGAUGCUGAGGUUCAGAAUCUGUUUCAUGACGCAAGGAACAAGAUUGGCUACGAAGAUAGAGCUGUGGCAUAUGCUAGAACUCUUAGAAGGUUGCAGGAGAAUCCUCCAUGGCUGUACAUAGGACAUCCUGAUGUUAUUUGGGCAACGCGACAUGAGGUUGGGCUUCAGAUCGGGCCUUCAGGCGUACUCACACUCGACUAA